GACAUGAAGCCGCGGCUGCUGUGUGUUUCAUUAUUGUAUCCUCUCUAUCAGUGUGUGCGGCGUUUCUCAUAUACCGAGCCGUUAAAGGUCAACGUGAGAAAAGCAACGGAGAAAAUCACGUGUACCAACCGAAAAAUGAGACAGAAAGCCGAGCGGUGGAGGAGGAAGAUGACUGGAGCAGGUCAACAGGAAGUGACACUGGAUGCCCAGAAGCCUGUGAAUCAGAUUCCGGUGAUGCUGCGAACCACUUACAGACACCUUCACACCUUCCAGAGGAGGACAAAAGAAGAUCCACCCAUGAGACCCUGUAUAUAUCUGCAGAACAUCCAAGUAGACAAAACGAUGUACCUGAUGAAAAGUAUUUGAAAUGCAAGAAGGUCGUCAGUGAUGAUGUUAAUAUCGAUGUGUUGGGAUCAGACUUGCUCGAUGAUCAUUAUCAAAGCAACACACCAGAGAAGGACAUGAACGGGAAUAGCAUGACGGAAAACACACAUAUUACUGAGGACUUUGGGACUGACCAGCAUGUAGACGUGGACGAGUCGUCUGAAACGGAAAGUGCCCAAGAAAAUGUUCCCGUUUACAAGUGCCAGUCUGUGGAAGAUCUGUCAGACAACACUUUCUCGACUCAAGAAGCUGUGAACAAGGGGGAAAGCAUUUUAACUACACCUGUAUUCACUACUGAUACCACUGGUCCAGAAGCCCAGCAGAAACCAACAAUGAUGGAAGAUAUGAAGAGAAAAAUCAAAGCAUUUGGAACAGGUAUGGAGCAUUCUUCUCAAAUGAAUGACUUUGACUCUUGCUGUAAUGAUGAAAAGUCUGAUCUCUUGAGCUGUAAUUUGGCGUCUAAGGCAGCUGUGUGCAAGGACAAAGUCCAAGACCUAACAACGAGCAACACUGAUGAGCAGCAUCUGAGCAAAAAAUAUGACCAUCAGUUUGACAGUCCACUGCAGAGCCACCAGGUCCUUGUUUCACCUGAAAUACAGAGUGUGAGCAAAGGGGCAGCAGAUGCAACAGUGGUGGAAAGCCAGAACAAGAAUGUGAUCAGCAUCAUGGAGGCCAUUAUGGACAACAACGAAUGGCUAAGCACUGGUUCAGCAGACACCAAAGAUCUUCCUUGGCUGGCGCAGACUCAGGGUAACACCAGGUAUGGAUCAAAGGCAGAGGCAGACAAGUCCUCAGCUCCAGCUCCAGCUAACAACACUUUUGGGGGUAAUUCUAAUGAUGAGUUGUCCCAUCAAGAGAAGAUGGGAGUCUCGAUGGCAUCACCAGUAGACACCAUCAUUGGCGUUGCUGGAUCAAAAGCAGACAAGUCCUCAUCUCCAGCUCCAGCUAAGAACAGUUUUGAGGGUAAUGCUGAUGAUGAGUUGACCCACCAAGAGAAGAUGGUAGUCUCAAUGGUGUCACCAGUGGACACUAUUAUUGAUGUUGCUGGAUCAAAGGCAGACAAGUCCUCAUCUCCAGCUCCAGUUAACAACAGUUUUGAGGGUAUUGCUGAUAAUGAGUUGACCCACCAAGAGAAGAUAGUCUCACUGGUCUCACCAGUGGACACUAUUAUUGGUGUUGCUGGAUCAAAGGCAGACAAGUCCUCAUCUCCAGCUCCAGCUAAGAACAGUUUUGAGGGUAAUGCUGAUGAUGAGUUGACCCACCAAGAGAAGAUGGGAGUCUCAAUGGUGUCACUGGUAGACACCAUCAUUGGUGUCAAUAGUGAUGAGUAUGUGAACACUACAGUCAGCACGAUGUUGCCAGUGCCCCAGUUGGUACAGGUGAGCUUCAGAGUUCACUAUAUCACUAAUUCCCCUACCCAGAUUCUGGCAGUGACGGGCAACCAGCAGGAGCUUGGGGACUGGGAGAGCUUUGUUCCUCUGAGAAGUGUUGAGGAUGGUUUCUGGUUCUGCACUAUCAAACUUCCAAUGGACAGCAAGGUGGAGUGGAAGUUUGUCAUGGUGGAGGAGGGCAAGAUCCGGCGAUGGGAGGAGUGUGCAAACCGUUAUCUUGCAGUGACGGAACAAGAGAAGGAAAUGUAUCUUAAUAAGAACUGGGGGUAUGCGUAAAAUAAGAGCUUAUUGCUAAGUUGAUAUAUAUACUGUAUAUAUAUACAUAUAUAUAUAUAUAUAUAUACAUACACCGAUCAGCCAUAACAUUAAAACCACCUCUUUGUUUCUACACUCACUGUCCAUUUUAUCAGCUCCACUUACCAUAUAGAAGCACUUUGUAGUUCUACAAUUACUGACUGUAGUCCAUCUGUUUCUCUGCAUGCUUUGUUAGCCCCAUUUCAUGCUGUUCUUCAAUGGUCAGGACCCCCACUGGACCACUACAGAGUAGGUAUUAUUUGGGUGGUGGAUCAUUCUCAGCACUGCAGUAACACUGACAUGGUGGUGGUGUGUUAGUGUGUGUUGUGCUGGUAUGAGUGGAUCAGACACAGCAGCGCUGAUGGAGUUAUUAAACACCUCACUGUCCCUGCUGGACUGAGAAUAGUCCACCAACCAAAAACAUCCAGCCAACAUCGCCCCAUGGGCAGCGUCCUGUGACCACUGAUGAAGGUCUAGAAGAUGACCAAGUCAAACAGCAGCAAUAGAUGAGCGAUCGUCUCUGACUUUACAUCUACAAGGUGGACCAAAUAGGUAGGAGUGUCUAAUAGAGUGGACAGUAUUUAAAAACUCCAGCAGCGCUGCUGUGUCUGAUCCACUUAUAUCAGCACAACACACACUAACACACCAUUGAAGAACAGCAUGAAAU